CUUGGAUCAAUUUCGAAUCGAGGACGUUUAUUUAUUAAAUUGCUAUUGGUUAGUAAAAUCCAUAACUCUUUUCUCAUUGGCUGUAAAGGAUAUUUACAUAUUCAUUUGCAGUAUUCAACCAAUCACUCUGCAUCUUUGACACAUUUUUUUUAACAUUGAGCUAUCUCAUUUCCUCGAUUGACAUAAAUUUAUUUGUCAAAAUACCGUAUAAAAAUAUUGCCUCCGUUUAUUAGCUCCAUUGUUACUUUUGGUUUCUCCCGUAACCCAUAGUUUUUUUUAUCUGAUUCCGAAGCACAUCGCAAAGCUCAAUCCCAUCCCAACAACAUAGAGUGAAAGUGUCCAACGAUCGUUGCACAGCAGUGUAGGUAGAGUGAGUCUCUACGCUCGGAUUACUGCCUCGUUCUUGACCUUAUGCCAUCGAUGCUUGAAUACUUAUAUUGUGUAACGACGCCAAAAACAUGCAAAUGACCGUUGCCAAGUCGCAUAUCGCGUUCUAUUAAUAUUAAAGCUCACAUAAAUGCUAUUUAGUGAACUGUCAAAAUGUCCAAUAAGAAAUUGGCGAAGUGAAAAUCGCGCGUGUAAGAAGGUAGGGCUUCAAGUGCGCAUCGUGAGUGGUCAUAUCUGUUCGCAGAGUGGGGGUGUUGCUACAUGGUGAAUAGAUGACGGCGGCGUCGUGAAGCGUCCACGUCGAGCGGAUCAUGCUGGCUUCUUAACUGGGGGCGUAGGAGAAGUACUGCGCGGCGCCAUGAGCGCUGCGGGGCGCGAGUCGGCCGCGGAGCCCGGCGCUGGCGCCGAGCCCGAGGGUGCGCAGUGCGCGUUGGAUGCCUCCACCAACACUCCCCCACAAUCUCCGCAGGUGACAGAGAGCGCUGCGCCCGCGCCUACUAGCACGGGCGGCUCGGGCGGCAAGUGGCAAUGCGAGACGUGCACCUAUGAGAACUUCCCGCUUUCUAGGAAGUGUACGAUGUGCCGCACAAGCAAGCCGCUACUGGGUGAAGAUAUUCUCAAGCUGCAGGACGGCGCGCGGGCGCUUCCUCACGACUCAGAGGCUGAUGCAGUAGCGGAGCGCCUGAAACCCCUCAGGAUCGCAUCUCCAGUCGGGCAGGCCGGCGCCUCCUGCCAGGCCAAGUGGCCUUGCCCGACGUGUACAUACGAAAAUUGGCCGCGGUCGCUCAAGUGCGCCAUGUGCGGCGCGCCGGCCGCCGCGGCCGCGCCGCCCGAGCCCAAGCCGUCGCCUGUCGGAAUUAAUGACAUCUGUAAUAGCCAAAACGCAUCGUCAAAUGAUAAGCGUCGUAACAACCCGGACUGGCUGUGGCUACAAGCUUGCAUGGGUGUGGUGGAGGGCGACGUGGGCCGCGUGGAGGCGUACCUGGCGGCCGGCGGCGACCCGGCGCGGGCCCUGGCCGCGCACGAGGCCGCGCUGCUCGACCGCGCCUCCGCCUUCGACGCCGGACACACGCUAGUGCACCUCGCCAUCAGGUUCCAGCGCGAGGACAUCCUGGCGACGCUGCUCGCGCGCAUCUCGGGCGGCGGCCCGGGGCUCAAGCGCUCGCCGUCAUACAUCGCUCCGGAUGUAGCGGCGGCGAUCCGGCGGCACGUGGCCGCCUCCAUCCGCUACAAGAAGGGCGCCUUCGCGUGCCGCUACCUCAACGAGUUCUGUACUUUCGCGUUACCAGCAGAGAUCGAAGAACUACCAGUAGCCAUCCAAGAGCAACUGUUCUCGGAGCUGCUCGACCGCGACGCGCAACAGACCCUCGAGGCUGAACCGCCCCUCAUUAACUGGAGUCUCGAGUUAUGCGUGCGGCUCGGAUCGCGGCUGCACGCGCUAUGGAACCGCUCGGCCGGCGACUGCCUGCUGGACGCCGUCUCGCAGUGCGCGUACGGCGUGUUCGACCGGCGCGGCGCCCUGCGUGCGGCGCUGGCGGAGUCGCUGCUGGCGGCCGGCGAGCGCUUCUACGACCGCUGGGCCGCCUGGGAGAGACAAGGAGCGGCAAGGUUGCACUAUGCUCCGGAGGAGUCCCAGCUCCGGUCGGAAUGGUCCCGCCUCGUGUCGGCGGCCGCUCGGCCCGGCACGGCGCUGCACCAGCUGCACGUGUUCGCGCUGGCGCACGUCACGCGGCGGCCCAUCAUCGUGUACGGCGUCAACGUCGUCAACUCCUUCCGCGGCGAGGCGCUAGGAUACGCGCGCUUCCAGGGUAUAUAUCUUCCCUUGCUGUGGGAGCCUGCGCUGUGUUCCAAGUCGCCGCUGGCGGUGGGCUACACGAGAGGACACUUCUCAGCGCUCGUGCCCAUCGAGCCCUAUUGUCGACGCCACUACAUUUGCAGGGACGAGCAAGAGGAGACCGAUGAUAGUUGUUACCUGCCGCUCACGGACUGCGAGGGGAAACUGCUACCCGUGCACUUCCUCACCGUAGAUGAGAUGGGCGACUCCGAAGGCAUAGUCCGCCGCUGGCUGUCGGCCUGCGUCACCGGCGGGGGACAGCUGUGUGCCCGACAGCACCUGCACCCGAGACCCUUACUCGUGGCUCAACUACUGGAGGAGUGGCUCAACCACUACCGGCGCCUCGCGCAACAAGCCCGCGGGCCGUUCCCGCCGCGGCUGCACGCGCACGCGCUCUCCUCCGACCCCGACACCGACGACGAGUAACACACGCGCACACACAUACACACAAGAACACACACUACACUGAACUAUUCGAGGUGCCCACCACAUUGUAAUACCUACUGUCUUGCCCAGCCGCCAUCGGAGCGGUCAAGGCGCUAACAAAUGCAUCGUGAAGAAGCAAAAUCAGAACCAUCCACAGGUGCAUAUCUACAAAGAUUGCGUUUUAGCAACAUUACCUUAAGACUCAAUCUUUGUAGAUAUAAUUUACCUGUGGAUGUGGCUCGCUUUAUAUGAUACAAAUAUCUGAACACGCCUCUACUGUCAAGGCGAGAGAGAGA